AACGCAAUAAUCGACAAUAGCAUUUGUGUAACCGGACAAGCAGAGCACAUCAAAACAAAAAAAAAAAAUGUUCCAGAGUCUCUUUCCGAUCAUCUUUUAUUUACUGGCCGGCUGGUUUACACAAACGAAUGCAUAUGGAUUUGGCGUUAGCCGGGCUGAGGUGUCCAGCCAUCAAAAUGGGUUCGGCAACGCGAUCUCCUCGGCCAGUACAGCUGGAUCGAUCGGCUCCACUGCCCUUGCCACCUCCUUAGCCGGAAUCAAUCAGGAACAGAUUGACAGUCAACUUUCGGGACUUGCUACGGGCGAUGUGAUCACGAUCAACAACGUCCGCUACAUGGCCCUGAGGACGGAGACUGAUGCUGGCCAAACGGGCCGUCGUGAUGUCAUGAUUCUUGUCCAAGUUGAUGGCCACGACAGCCGUCCAGGUAUCGACAGUUUCCAGAGCUACGCAUCGGAUGUGUCACGUCUUCAAGACGUUCCAGCGUCCGACCCGUCCGUGGGAACAGACAGGGCCGGCCAAUCCUACAACGCACCCAACAACAGACAAAAUAUUAACGUCGGAGUGGCCGUUGAUGCAUCCGCCGGUUCAUACUCCGCACCUUAUUCGACGGCCACCAACCGGCAAGAGGACGCGGUCGUUAAUGGCGUCGCGGGCGUGAAUGAUCCAUCGUCCCUCUCUUCUUAUUCGUCUUCAACUUUGAUGGCCGCAAACGACCGCCAAAGCUCGGGUGGACAGGAUCAUUCACCGUCCUAUUUUGAUGCGACGACAGGCAGCGCCAAAAUCCUGCCGAAUGAAAGCAGCCAAUAUGGACGGGACUACGCAGAUACGAUACCCGGUGAAGCCGGCCGUGAUUACCAGAUCCUGUCCAACGUUGGAUCGUCUUCGUUCAACUGCAACGGACGCCGUCAAGGCGGUUAUUACGCUGACGUUGAAUCUUCGUGUCAGGUUUACCACGUUUGCGCGCUGGGCAAGAGAUUCUCUUUCCUCUGCCCGAAUGGCACCCUCUUCGAUCAGCGGGCCUUUGUUUGCAAAUGGUGGUUCGAUGUCGAUUGCGCUUCGUCGGCCAACUAUUACAAUCUGAACGACCUGAUUGGCAUCGCUCGAGUCGUUAAAAAUGGCGUCAGCUUUGCGUCAGACGGCCAGCCGGCAACGUCCGUCCCGUCGCAAAAAGCCACGAAACACACUUACGGGCCCCCACCUCUGCCAGCCGUCCAGCCUGCUUUGAUCGGGCCGACAAUCAAACGUCCAUCAGACGGACUAGCGUCCAUUCAAGCUGCCAUGGCCACGUCCACUUACUGAAUAGAAAACGGAACAAGACGUAUGGAACAUUCUCGUCCGCGUACGUCUGUAAAUGGUGAUGGGGCAUGUAACCUUCGCCAACCCCAUUCUCGCACACUGGUGCAUUUUAAUAUAUUAUAUGCACAUUUUUAAAGUCUAAUAAAAACAACGGCAAGCUGA